AUGGGGGACGGCCGCCGCCGCCGCCGCCGCCGCAAGAAUUCCCGGCGGGUACCCGCGCGGGAGGGAGAUAUUGACGACGUUCCGGGCGAGCUUCUCGAGGUGGUGUUCCUGCGCCUCUCCUCGCCUGCCCACCUCAUCCGUGCCGCGUGCACCUGCAGGCGAUGGCGCAACGUAAUCGCGGGCGACGGCGGCGGCUUCCUCCGCCGGUUCGGCUCUCUCCACGGCGCGUCGGCCGACCACGUUGUCGGCCACUACCGCGUCAACGAGCGCCACGGCCACCCGCGUCCGCCUGGCCUUAACCCCGUAUUCGUCCCGUCCUCCUCCUCUUCCUCGCCGUGGGCGGACGCCGUCGCCGCUCGGAACCUCGCACUCGACUUCCUCCCGCGGGGCGAGUUUGGCGAUUGCGGCUGGGAGCUCGCCGACAUCCGGGGCGGCCUUCUGCUCCUCUUCCACUCGGAGCUGGCGCCAGGCCUCCUCAUCUGCGAUCCCCUGAGGCGAUGCUACAGGGAAAUCCCUCGCUCGGCGUGGUUCCACGGCUGCCACAUGCUGGGCGCUUUCCUCCUCGACGGCGAGGACAAGGACGCGGCCGCGGGCAUCAGCAUGUCAAACUUCAGGGUGACGUGCGCGCUCUUUCGCUUUGGGGACCGCAACGCCAGGGCCUGCGCCUUCUCGUCUGCCGCCGGCGGCUGGACCUCCGGGGCCGCACGUAGCAGCACAUCAGUCUGCCGCGACAGGGAGUUGGCCCCCAUCUAUUUCGCAGGAAGCAGCAAGGGGAAGAGGUUCGCCUCUUGGACGGUCGGAGACAACGUUGUUCUUGCUCUGGACAAGGACACCGCCGAGCUCUUAUCUGGUGUGGUGCCGGACGACGCACAGUACGCCGUGCUCCGGGACAAGCAGCACGCCGCGGAGUACGCGUACCAGCUGCCAUGGCCACCCACGAUCGAAGCUUGCGUAACCUAG